AUGCUGCUCAACACCACGACCCGGGGCUUUCUGUGGUCGGACGCGGAGACGAGGACGUUGCUAAACAUUUGGGGGGAGCAGGACGUCCAGGAGGCGCUGGACGGGAACUUCCGCAACAGCUUCGUUUACCGCGACGUGUCCCGGCGGCUGGGGGCGAUGGGCUUCGAGCGCACGCCGGAGCAGUGUAGGGUGCGCAUUAAGAGCCUCAAACGACAAUACUUGCUCGCCAAAGAGGGCAAUCUGCGUAAUAACAGGCAGUACCACAAGAUCGCUAAGUUCUACGACACCAUGGAGAGGAUUCUGAGCAACCGGCCCGCCCUUGACCCCCAGGAGUUCAUUGACGGAGGGCCGGGAGGGGAGGAGGCCGUGGACGGCUUAGAUGAAGAUGCGGAGGAUGCUCAGGAUGUCUAUUCGGAGAGCACCGGAGACUGUCCCUUUCCCGCAGAGACUGAGGUCAAACUGGAGUAUCCCAGUAUUCCCAUUCCCAUCCCGGUUAAGGUCACAGUGGGAAACAACAGUACAUCGGAACAACAUCCGAAUCCCAACAGCAGCCAGUUGGCAGCGAACUGCACCGCUUCCACACCCAAGCAGCGGCGACGGCGGCGCACCAACUUCCCCUUGGAACGGCUCAUGGAGCAGUUCCUGAAGCAGAGCUCACAGGCCGAGGACAACUUCUACCGAAUGGAGGAGCGCCGUUUACAGGCGGAGGACAACCGGCGGGAAGCAGAGCAUGCCAGGGAGCUGCACAUGCUCCAGAUGCUGGGGCAGAUGUUCUCCAACAUCUCCUCCCCUGCUCAACUAAAGACCGGCGCGCCCUCCCAACACUUGCCGAUGUACUCGCAGCACCAACCUUCACCGCCGGCUGACGGUUUACCCAAGCGGUGUCAGCCGUUAAAACGGGACUCUCAGCCAUUAGUGUUUGAACGUCGCUACAGCCUGGCCCCGACAUCUGACGGCGGCAUGGAGGAGCGCAUCCUAUCACUGGUGAAGAAGAUCGUUCCCCCGCUGUCCAACAACAAGCACAAGGGACAAGAUGGCCGAAUCGGUAUCAUAGGCGGAUGCCAAGACUACACCGGAGCGCCCUACUUUGCUGCCAUUUCGGCACUGAAAGUGGGUGCCGACUUGUCUCACGUGUUCUGCACCAAAGAUGCUGCAGCUGUAAUCAAAUCCUACAGCCCGGAGCUCAUAGUUCAUCCUGUCUUGGACAGCCCAAACGCUGUGGAGGAGAUUGAAAAAUGGCUGCCGAGACUACACAGCCUUGUGGUGGGGCCCGGUCUAGGAAGAGAGGAGUUCUUAUUAAAAACAGCAAAGGAGGUAAUAGAGAAGUCCAAAGCUAGAGAUAUUCCAAUUGUCAUCGAUGCGGAUGGAUUAUGGCUGGUGACAAAGCAGCCGUCUGUUAUUCAGGGCUACCAAAAGGGCAUUAUUACACCCAACUUCAUGGAGUUUACGCGGCUGUACGAGACGCUGCAACACAAGGCGGUCGACGGCAGCGAUCACCGUAGUAGCGUCCUACAGCUGAGCGAAACCAUGGGAAACAUCACCGUGUUACUUAAAGGAGAGAAAGAUCUAAUUGCAGAUGGCAGCACAGUGGUGGCGUGCAGUACAGAGGGAAGCGCGAGGCGAUGCGGAGGACAAGGUGAUCUUCUUUCGGGAUCUGCUGGGGUAUUGGCACACUGGGCCCAUGCUGCCUCUCAAGCAGGACUAAUAACAGGUGUGAACCCGUCAGUGGUGGCGGCGAUGGGGGCCUCGUCGCUCACCAGACAGUGCAACAGACAAGCGUUCCAGCGACACGGCCGGUCCACCACCACGUCGGAUAUGAUCCAAGAAAUCGGACCCGUCUUCAAGAAUCUAUUUGAAAGAUGA